AUGAACCACACAACUCCCACUCUCCCUACCGUCAUCAUCACUCCCUCCACCCCCCUCAACACCCUCCCCACAAGAUCCACUCGCGCCUCCUACACCGCCCCCUCCUCCCCGUCCGCCGGCCGCUCCUCCCGCCAGUACUCGCGCCGACAACACCUUCUCACUGCGCUUGAACUCGGACCCUCCCCCUUCCCCCACCCCGACAUCAGCGAGGAAAAGCCCGACCACGCACUCCUCCUCCCCUCUCCCUCCCACUUCGCUCCUACACGGAAACGGCGGCGUAACAAUGGGCUCUUGCUGAGCCUGUUGGUAUUCGCGAUGUUUGGCUUGGUGCUCGUCGGUCCAAUGCUGCCUUAUCGGUGGUAUGCGGGCUCGAGCGGGAUGGAGGUGCCUGCUUUCGUCGCGGCGGUGCAGGAACAUGAGCUGGCGGAAGUGCCAGUCUUGUCAUCGGCGGCGGACACAGUAGCGGGUGACGCAGAGAGCAUGUGGGAUGCGCAUGGAGCUGGUCAGCAGACUGAGCGGGAAGCGUCGGCGAUUAGGCGGGACGGCGGAGUAAGGGCGGGACAUGAGCGCAGAGCGUGGCGAUGGGCGGUGAGGAGGGGAUGGGAGAUGGCUUUGCUGGACUGA